UUCCCCUUUAUGUAUUACAUCAGCCUUGGAGUUUGAUGAAUAAUAUAAAAAUGAUGUCAUUAAUUAUAUGUAACUGCCGUGAAGUUUGAAAACCCGCCCAACUGCCGAUUAAUUCAUUUAUCGAACUAGUAGUUGACAUUGCCAGAUUAAACCCUUUAGUGUGCCCAGCUGCCGCGGCGGCCGACAUUUUCCUGACAUUUUUAAAUAAGCCUAAUCUGGCAACACUGGAGCCAAGCUCAAGAGAAAAAUGAAAUUUCGCUGCUAAAUUUUCGCGAAAAACGCCGGGAAAGGUUAGAAAACGGAGCAAAAAUAUUACCGAAACAUGCAAUACUAGUGUGGGCACCCAACACACACAAGCAGCGUACCGGAAAAGCUGCGAAAAUAGCGAGGAGCACAGCCCCAGCGACUAAACAUGGCGCCCACCCCCUUGCCUUUGCCCCUGCCCCUGGAGCAGAUGCCCGGCGUCGGCGGCGGUGGAGGCGGCUAUUUGCCCGCAGGACAGGAGGGCGGCCCGCGAAUCAACACGAUGUCUUUGUCAGUGCUGAUCGAUUUCAUCAUCCAGCGCACCUACCACGAACUCACCGUGUUGGCAGAGCUCUUACCCCGCAAAACGGACAUGGAGCGCAAGGUAGAAAUCUACAACUAUGCGGCUCGCACCCGCCAUCUGUUUACACGCUUGAACGCCCUGGUCAAAUGGGGCAACUCGGUGUCAAAGGUGGAUAAGUCGUCGCAGAUCAUGAGCUUCCUGGACAAGCAAAACAUGCUGUUCGUGGAGACUGCAGACAUGCUGGCACGCAUGUCGCGUGAGACUCUGGUCCGCGCCCGUUUACCCAACUUCCAUAUCCCGGCUGCCGUCGAAGUGUUGACCACUGGCACCUACAACCGGCUGCCCACCUGCAUCCGGGAGCGUAUAGUGCCGGCGGAUGCCAUUACGCCCGCGGAGAAGCGGCAGACGCUGCUGCGACUGAACCAGGUGAUCCAGCAUCGACUGGUCACAGGUAAACUUCUGCCCCAAAUGCGAGAGUUCCGCAUUAAGAACGGACGCGUCACCUUUGAGGUAAAGCACGAAUUCAGCGUGGCCCUCACGGUGAUGGGCGACAGCCCCACUGUGCCCUGGCGACUGUUGGACAUCGAUGUGCUUGUUGAGGAUAAAGAGACUGGCGAUGGAAAGUCGCUGGUGCAUCCGUUGCAGGUGAACUACAUCCACCAGCUGAUCCAGGCACGGCUCGUGGAGAACCCCAAUGCGUUGAGCGAGGUGUACAAUUGUCUGCACUACUUUUGCCAGUCUCUACAGCUGGAGGUUUUGUACACGCAGACACUGCGUCUUAAUUACGAGCGAUUGGAUGACAACAACAUCACCCCUGAGGAGUAUAUACCGGGCGUGAAACUCACCGUCUCCUAUUGGCGGGACCUCAAGUCGGAACUGGGCUAUCGCCUGACUGUUCAGUCCGAUCCCAGCGAGAUUGGACGCCCGUUGGCCGUGGUCCAUGUACCCUCUCUGGGUGCGAAGGAGUCAGCCGAAGUGGCUGAUAGGGCUGUGCGCUCAGAGCAUCUCUCCAUGGAACGGCUCAUUGUGCACACGGUCUACAUCCGAUCUGUGUCACGACUGAGCGACCUCAAGCUGGAGUUCCAGGCCUUCCUCAAGGACGUUGACUUUAAUCUCCAAGGAACCCCCGCCAUCCUGACCGUUCCUGUUCUCUCGCCCUGCCUGCGGGCGGAGCAGAUCCACAUAACCAUCGACACCCACACGGGCAUGUUCCGCUGCCAUGUGCCUAAGCAUUUGGAUUGCCCGAUUACCGAGGAAAUGCAGGACUGCCUCAACGGAGAUCGCGGCAAGCUACCCGCUCUGCUCUCGGAACUGCGCUUCUGGAUCACCCAUCGCCGGUGCGAAAAGACACUGCAGCACCUGCCGGCAACAGCCACCGAGACACUGCCCUUCCUCGCCCAACCAGAGCAGGAACUUCUGCAGCAGGGUAGGCAUAAGAUCUACGUCAAGUUGCACCGGCAUCCCAACAUCGUACUGGUGGUUCAGCUCAAGGAAAAGACAACGAUGCCUAACGAAAUGGAGUACACCUUCCACCUGGGCUUCGUGGCCUACCAAAAGGACGAGGCUGAUGUGAUUGACGACUCUGCUAAGCAGCUCGUGUCCGUGGUUUCCCAGCCGCCCUCUGACAUUCCCAAGUGCUACACCAAGCUUAUGCGGCUCAUUGAGUUCGAUACCUUCGUGGCCACGCAUGGACCUGGCACCGAAGUCGAUGCGGAGGUUUCCCCCCACAAACGCAAAUCGAACGGGGAUCUGCUGGCGCCGCCGGCUAAGCAGCAGAAGACCAUCUUUCCCGCCUACUUUAUUCCGGAGCUAGCCCAUGUGGUGGCCAUGUGUGACGAGAAGAUUCCCUUCAUGAACCUUGCGCAGACGCUGUCCAAGCACAACAUCCCUCACAGCGGCCUGCAGGUUGAGGCCAAUGCCACGUCGCUGGUCCUCAAGAUUCUGGCGUUGCCGCAGCCAGGCAAGACGGUCUUUGCCACCGGCCAGGCGCAGCAACAGCAGCAGCAGCAAGGCGGAGCACAAGGAGAAAUGAAGGCAAGCGGCUCCUCCGGACUGCCCAAGAUCGAGCCGCAUGUCUGGGACGAUCUUAUGCGCCGCGUUCUCUCCAUCUCUGUGCGAUCGCAGACAAACAAGAACAGCCAGGUGCGCAUCUGGGUGGUGGAGUUCGUCUUCUACAGCACACCGCUGCAGAGCAGCCACCAGAAGGAGCAGGGCAGCCGGCGCACUGUCUACCUUACCUAUGAGCAGGCCAACCACGAUUUCUCCAAGACGGUCGAGGAUCUGCUGAACGACUGGUCCAAGAUCGUCUACCUGUACACGCUGGUUCACGACUUUGCCGAGCAGCUGCGCAAUAAACGCCUCUCGCUAUGCGACAUGCUGGUGGUCAAGUCGUACAGCUACAUGAACCUGCUGCUGGGCUACGGACCCAAGAAGGAGGUCAGCUGUAAUAUAUACUGGUCGGUGCAGUCGCACGGCUUCCGUCUGACCUUUGUGGGCGGCAUGUCAGCCGUGAACGCGCAUUCCAUGAUGCGGGACCAGCUCGCGCAGCACCUCAACCAGCAGCACAGCCUCACCCAGAUCGCCCAGAUACUUCACGAAACAUACAGCCCGAUGAGCUCCAUUGCCAAGCUGCCUGUGCUUCCGUUCUUGGGUAUACCGCGCCCCCAGGUCCCCGUGCUAUCUUUCUGCAUGCUUGCUCAAUCCCCCUGCUUGAUGAGGCUCACCUACCAGGCCGUGUACUGCCUGGAGCUGCGCUUUCGGGCCAACAGACUUGUGUCCAUCCGCGACGGAGCAAGCAGUCGCUUCGAACGCAACGUGGUAGAGGAAUUUACUCCAAUCCAAGGCCUCAAGGCUUUCCUCUCCAAGUACGUGGACGAGUCGGCGGCGUACAGAGGACGUGCUCCCCACGAGGACGACAACCCACUGUCGCCGAUGGGUCUGGAGGACAAUUUCGGUGGUCCAAGCAGUGUGACGGGCGUCAGUGCUGGCGGGUCAUCUCCGUUCCUGAGCACCGGGAUGCGCGGACCGCAAUCACCGCGGGACAGUGGGCUGAGAUUCCCCGCACCGCACACACCGCCGUCCAGCUCCAAUCCGCACACACCGGCUAGUCCUCAUCCGAGUGCAGGAGGUGCUGGAGGUGGAAGCGGAGCCCAGGGCCAUGGCAACUUUAACCUGACGUCUCCGCCAGCACCGCAUAUGCCACAUCCGUCGCCGAGCGGCCUGAUGCCCUCGUCGCCACUGAAUCCCCAGCCCAGCCCGCACAUGGUGCAUAGUCCUGGACCGAAUACCCUCUACAUGCAGAGCCAUCAGGACUCCCCCUUCACGGCCAUGUCGCCGGCGAAUAACAACUGGCCCGGCUCCCCCAGCAUGCCGCGCCCCUCUCCCCGACCCGGACAGAGUCCAGAGCACAAGAGCACUGGGGGCGGAAGUGGAGCUGGAGGAGCAGCCGGCGUGGUGGACAGAGGAGUAGCUCGAGGCACCCUCAAUCGCCCCUGGGCCGGGGCUGUUCCCACUUUGCUGACCCACGAGGCCCUGGAGACGCUGUGUCGACCCAGUCCGCAUCCUAACAAGGACAUCAACGUGCCGGACAUGAGUCCACUGGAGCGUUUCCUGGGAUGCGUAUACAUGCGGAGGCAGCUUCACCGGAAUAUCCAGAGCGAGGAAACCUUGACGGCGCUUAACAGCACGGAGCCCGGCGUGGUGCUGUUCAAGGUGGAUGGUCUGCAGUGCCAGGUGGUUCUGAACCAGAUGCACAUGCAGACGCUGCACUUGAAGAUAUCGCAGCUACCUCCGAUGCCCGAUAAGCUGCCGCCGCCCUUCCAGCUCAGCCCGGACGACCUACUUGUGAUCGAGCAGUACUUCGACACCCGGGUGGCUUCACCGCCCUACAGGCCCAACUCGCUGCACAGCAUCUGCCGGCUGCUGAAUCUGCCCGCCCAGGUUCUCAAGGACUUUGUGCAGAUUAUGCGACUGGAACUGAAGCCGGAGCUAGGCGGCGACCAGCUCAAGUGGACGGUGCAGAUGUGCAUGCGCAUGCCGCCCUCGGCCGUACCCAUUGUGCCCUGUGGCAAUGCCUGCGUGGUCCUGGGACGCAUGAAAAUCCUGUUCUUCCUGCAGAUCACACGGAUUCCCUACGGCGCCGGAGUGGGCGUGGCCAAGGACUGGAAGGACAGCCCCUCGCUGGUGCUGCCCAUCGUCUACGACAUACAGACGAACGUCACUCAGAUGGCGGAGCGCAACGGGCAGGUGAACUCGCCCACUAUGACCGCCGCAAGCACCCUGCUCCGUCGCUUCGCCGAGUUUAAUGCCCAGCAGAAUCAGUGCACGCUAUUUCCGGCCAUCUCGGAUCUUCUCACGAACCUCCAGUUGGCCACCGAGAUGCCCCAGCCACCUCCCAACCAAUCCAUCGGACCACCAGUGGGUGUAGGCGUCGGAGUAGGAGUGGGCGUCGGCGUGGUGGGCUCUAGCCCGAAUCCAAUGAUGCCCAUGCAACAGCUCCAGCCGCAGCAAGUGGGUCCCCAGGGACCGGUGGGCCCCGGUGUCUACCCGCAGAUGGGCCCCAAUCCGGGAGGUCCUCAGUGAUGAAGGCGCAAGCGCCGCGCCUCCUCGCAGCAGCCGUGAGCUAAGCAGAGGCAACCCGGAACGGCGAACGAUUAUUAAUCCGAUGUUGUAUGGAAGUUAAGAGCAGCAUGGGAUACCCUAAACGCUGUGGUGAGUCGAUUUUUGGCGAAUCGAAGCCAGCUCUCUACAAUGAGAAGCUUGCUUCGAAGCCCCAUUUUUUAAACCCUUUUUACAAAGCGAACCACUCUAGGAUACUCAAAAAUAAUUAAAAAGAAAGUUAAACGCAUGGAAAUGUCUUAAACGCGUUGAAAGUUGUAAAAGUUACUUCGGUACAGUAAAAGAUUAAAUUUCAAUAAUCCAUGGAAACAAAAUAAUUAAAGUAAAUAAAAUAACUCAAUAACUUGGAGGUUUCCCAAUGGGAUUUUGUCAAAAUGCAAUUUCUUUCAAAGAUCAGGUGCUACGUAUAUACAUUUUAUAGUGCCGUACCACCUGAAAUAAUUGCACAUCCACGAUUAGAGAUUAUUAAGUAAACAGCGCGGCUAAGUAUGUAAUAAAGAGACUAACUUUAGAAUUAACUGUA